AUGGGGCCACUUAAUCACGUGAUGCAAGCAACUCCUGUCGCCGCACUCAAGCAAUCGUCCCAGAUGCCUUCGAAUCAACCCGACCAGAUGUUGAUAAUGGUCACCGAGAACCUCACGUACUCGGGCGAUUCUUCCACUCCGCCUGCACGGGCAGGUGCCGUCAAGAGGCUCCCGCAGUGCAUCAUAAUCGGAGCACGGAAAGGCGGCACGCGUGCGUUGCUCGAAUUUCUGAAUCUUCAUCCAGGGAUCGAGAAGGCUACAGACGAAGUUCAUUUCUUCGACGACGACACGAAAUACAGAAUGGGACUAGAUUGGUACAGAACGCGAAUGCCGCCCUCAACUUCAGAACAGAUCACGAUUGAGAAGUCGCCAGCUUAUUUCGUUACGGAUCGAGUUCCCGAGCGAAUGUGGGCCAUGAAUUCGUCACUGCGACUGCUGCUAAUUGUGAGGGAUCCUGUCGUGCGUCUUAUCUCGGAUUACGCCCAAUUGGCCGAAAAUCGAAGAAUGCGGAGAGAAAGUGCCGGCAAAGAUAAAAACAAGGUGCCACUAUUCGAACAAGUCGUCCUCACGCCAGAGGGUCGUGUCAACACGGAGUAUCGACCGGUUGGAACAUCGAUAUACGCCGUGUAUUUCCGAAGAUGGUUGGCGUACUUCCCCAGGCGUCAAAUUCAUGUCAUCGAUGGAGAUCGCCUCAUACGAGAACCUUUUCAGGAAGUUCAGAAGGUCGAAAAUUUUCUCGGCUUACCGGCAAGAAUAUCCGAAGACGCAUUCUAUUUCAACAAGACCAAGGGAUUCUAUUGCGUGCGGCCCCCCGACGAUAUACAAGAUCAUUGUCUGAAUGAGAGCAAAGGCAGGAAACACCCGAAAGUGGGCCCGAAAGUCAUAUCCCGUCUACGGCAGUUCUACGCGCCUUUCAAUCGAGAAUUUUACUCCCUGGCAGGACACGACUUCGGCUGGCCAGAGGUUUAGCUGCCGUACAGGGAUUUAGGUUCGCCGAUACGUAAACACAAAACGAAUAGUGAGAUCGAAAAGUGAGAUAUUGUUCCUAUGUGAAAAUCUUCUAAGGGCAU